CUUCCUCUUAUUUGUUUUUCUCUGCUGCAGCUUCCUGCUUUCUGCCCGUCCGUCACACUCUGGAAAAUAGAUUUAAUGAUAGAGUGUUUGAGAAUCUUCUCUGGAGCUUUCCUUCAGCACGCUGAGCUGCAGGAAGCUGAUGUGAGAUGGCAGAAACCAACCUGAUGUCUGCAGCUUCUGCUCUCACAACGAAGCAGCUGCAGCAGAAAUUGUCAUCAGAGAAGAAGAGCGAGCAUCCGGUCCUCCUGCUGUUUGAGAUCCCGUCCACUCGAGUUGUUGAGAACCAGCUGUCCAAAUACGUGGUGUAUGAGGUGGUGGUGAUGUUGUCGGGCAGUUUCGAUUCCCGCCGUGUGUCCGUGGAGCGCCGUUACUCCGACUUCCUGCGGCUGCAGCGCCUCCUCCUGCAGGAGUUCGACUCGGCGCUGGAAGACGUGUCGCCCCCCCCCAAACUCCUGAGCGGGAACUUCUGCGCCGCCGUGCUGUUGCAGCGCCGCCUCGCCCUGCAGGACUACCUGGCCAAACUCUUCUCGACGCGCUGCGUCCGCCGCUCGCCUUUGUUCGCUGCCUUCUUCACGGACGCCGAGCAGCGGGGGGCGCUGGUGCUGCUGCGGGGGGGGCAGUUCAGCCCGGCGCUGAGGCAGCUAGAAGACGUGUUAGCGCUGCAGAACCCUCAGGUCUGUUUUCUGUCCCCUGAACCAGAACUCUCAGGUCUUCUGGUCUGCUUUCCGUCCCAAGAGAAGUUGCAGUGCUGGCAGAGUCCCGCCCUCCGCCUGCCAACGCUCUGUGCCCUGGCUGUCUGUCACUGCGACCUGCAGCAGCAUCAGGAGGCGUUGGAUGCGGCUCAGAGGGCGCUGCCUGUUGCCCGGCGCUGCGGCCUGCGGAGCCACCGGGCAGCGCUGCUGCGCCUCCUGAUGGACCUGAGCUACCGGCUGGGGCUGCCCGGGGCCCGCCUGCAGGAUGAGUUGCAGGGCCUGCAGGACCGACCUCCCUCCCUGAAAGACGACCCCCCAACCCUGAAGGAGCUGGUCAUCCAACAGUUCACCUGAGGGGCUAAAAAUGUGGGACGAGAUACAGACCGAAGGAGUCCUCAACAAGACUCAGCGUUAUGAGUCCUAAACCCUGACAUGAGUCAGGA